AUGGAGAAAGUGUGUCUCUCUUUGGGCUACUCUGAGCUCAGGAGUCUACAGAAAGAUGCCAUGAAGUCUUUUGUUGCAGCGCGUGAUGUAUUCGUAUCCUUGCCUACUAGGUUUGGUAAGAGUCUCAUCUAUGGGUGCCUGCCAUUACUUUUUGACAAGCUGAGAUGCAAACUGAUACCAUCAUCAAUUGUUAUUGUAAUUUGUCCUCUCGUUGCUCUGAUGAAGGAUCAAGUGGAAAAGUUUCAAUCCCUUGGCAUGAGAUCUGCAUAUGUUGGAGAUCAGUCUCUUGACUCAGCUGCUUUUUUAACUGGUGACAUAAAGUUAAUUUUUAUUAGUCAAGAGUCUUUAAAUAGAGGCUCAUUAUGGAGAGAUGUAGUUUGUAGUGAUGUUUACCAGCAGAAUGUAGUUGCUUUUGUCAUUGAUGAGGCACAUUUGGUGAAGAAUUGGGGCAUUAAUUUUUCUCCAGAUUUUAGUUGUUUAAGUGAGAUAUGA